CUUUCAAAUUCAAAGUCACAAACGUGACGUUAUCACGAUGUCCUUAUCAUAAUCAGUCAGUAUUUUCUUAAUAUAAAUUAAAACCGUCUGCUAUAAUCACAUUCACAGUGUAUUCAUCAAACAUUACGUUUCUCAUGAGAUAGUAACUAACUUACUGUUGUCUAAAUUUGGUAAACUUUCGCAUAAAUAAUUACGGUUACAGAUAAACAUAUUUUUUACCAUAUUAUUUUCGUUUAAUUUUGUAAACUAGCGUAAAUAUUUUUUGUUAACAUGAAUAACGAGGAAAAUAACUGUUUGGCUCACAGACAGCACGUUAAAUAUUUUAUGAGGUUUCUCAAUGUUCUACCAGCUUCUCUAUCAUCUCACGACACGACCAGGGUAACCAUAGCAUAUUUUUCAGUGGCCGGUCUAGAUGUAUUAGGUUCUAUAACAUCAAUGACAAUAGAUAUGCAGUUGAGGAUAAUAGAAUGGAUAUACAGGCUACAAGUUGAACCAAAUAAAGAAACGGGAGAUAUGACAGCUUGUGGUUUUCAAGGUUCUUCGACAAUUAACAUGCCCUUCGACUCGGAAAAGAGUCAAUACAGAUGCGGUCAUCUGGCUAUGACGUACACCGGCCUCUGUGUGUUGUUGACUUUAGGUGACGACCUGUCUAGAGUGAACAGGAGAGCCUUGGUUGAAGGCGUGAAAGCUUUACAGCGCGAGGAAGGUAAUUUUUCAGCGACGCUAUCUGGCUGUGAGUCAGAUAUGAGGUUCGUGUAUUGCGCCGCCUGCAUCAGUUACAUUCUGAACGAUUGGUCAGGUUUUGACGUUAAACGUGCCACUGACUACAUAAUAGAUUCCAUAGGUUACGACUACGGUAUCGCUCAGUGUCCAGAGCUCGAAUCCCAUGGCGGGACCACAUUCUGCGCUCUGGCAACACUCAGUUUGACGAACCAAUUGGAUAAAUUGACUAUAGAACAAAUAGAGGGCUUGAAGCGGUGGUUACUGUUUAGACAGAUAGACGGUUUUCAAGGUCGCCCCAACAAACCCGUCGAUACUUGCUAUAGUUUUUGGGUAGGCGCUUCAUUAAAGAUCUUGGAUGCGUUACAUCUAUCUAACUUUGAGAGCAACAAGAGUUACGUGUAUGAGACUCAGGAUUGCGUUGUCGGUGGAUUCUCAAAAUGGCCGGAUACAUGCACGGAUCCGAUGCAUACAUAUCUCGGUUUGGCCGGACUUAGUCUGAUAGGUGAGAGCGGGCUCCUUGAAAUUAUACCAACUUUAAAUAUAACGAAGAAGGCCCACGACCAUAUGAAAUAUUUACACCGAAUAUGGGAGACCGAAUCAUAGCUUAGUGUUGCCAUUGAUAUAAAUGCUUGUUCUGUUAUUUAUUGUAUGUAACACUCCUAUAUUCCUGGCAAUUUAUAAGUUCAUUGACCACGGUUAUAAUUUAAUUAAGUGAAGAGGAAGUAUAUUGGUAUACAAUAGCAUGAAGGAUUGCAAUGUAUUAGUAAUGAUUACGUAUUUGUGUAAAUAUUGCCAGCAUAAAAAAAUCCUAAUUAGUGUUAUCUCCUAAUGAAAUUUAUUUUAAAUUAUAUUGAUCAUCAAAUAAACGAAAUUUACCUAAGAGGAUCAUGAAAUAAUAUCUAAUUAUAUUUUCUGUGUUUAUGUCAGUUACCAAUCUUUCGAUUUUAAUUUAUUUUUUCCAGCGGAAUUGUAAACAAAAAAAUAAUAAUAAAACAAGAUAUCAUAACUAAAAUAUAUAAGAGGCAUAAAUAUAUAGAUAUAUAUAUUUAUAUGAGAUCUAGUUAUAUAGGAGUGUUAUUUUUUAUAACUAACCGGUGCUAACGUUAUCAAAUUCAACGAUCAGCUGAUAGUACAAUUGUAUGUUCGGUGCCAUGUUAAAUAUAGAUGUGGACUCUACUAGUUAGGAGUUGAAAUUGCACAAAUAUUUAGUCACAAUGUUGAUAUAUUUUAUGUGGCUUAAAAUACAGCGCACCGAGAGACGAUUACGUUUAAAAAAAAGAAAAAAAAAAAACAAAUAUAGAAGCAAUAAAGAUUCGUUUUAUAAUAUUAUGGGUCGUUAAAAAAUCAGUUGAAGUACUUAAGAUGGUAAUUAUAUGGAAAUUUUUAUUAAAUUAAUCAAUGUGUUCCGCUUCUGUACGUGGAUUGUUGGAAUACGACCAUAUCCUUAUGACAACGCGCAAUUAUUCUUGAUAGAGUUUUGUAUUACAUGAAAGGACCAGACUUCAUGAUGAUUUAGAAAAAAAAAAAAAAUUAAAUACGUAUAUUUUAAACAUGGAACAGAACACCGAUGUUUGAAUUUUUAUUUAUUUUUUUAUUAUAAUUUAUGUUAUGAAAUAACUUUUACAUUUGUGAAGCCAUUGUUUACAUGAUUAUACCUCAGACAGGGAAUGUAUUGUCACAACCUUUAGGUUCCUAAUGUUUUUGUAAAUAUAUCAACAGACAAAUAAAAUGUUAAAGCAUGA